AUGGCUUUUGUCAGAAAGAGACGCUAUUAUGCUUUGAAGCAAUUAUUGCCAAAAGGAAUGAUUAAACAUCGAUGUAGAAGCAGUGUUUGUGUUUAUGACUGUCGAGAUCAGAAGCGGCGAACUCAGAGCUAUGAACCAUCACAGGUCAUCUACGCUCGUGACGUGACCCCAGGGCCAGGUCCCCCCAUCGCCACCUUUGGCUGGUCGCUCUCCGGUGGCCAGGACAUGGACAACAACCUGUACCCGGACCUACUGGUGGGGGCGUACCUGUCCAGUUCCGCCGUCCUGCUCAGGACCCGCCCCAUCGUGUCCCUGUUCAACCACAGCCUCAGCUUCCUGUCGGAGGGCAAGACCAUCGACAUCGACUCGGCGAGCCUGGAGACAGGCGGGUGCCGCGUGUCGAGCCAGAUCGUCCCGUGCGUGACGCUGCAGUUCUGUCUGGGAUACGCCGGCGUUGGGGUGCCCACCGACCUGGAGAUGGACGUGGAGUACCUGCUGGACAACAAGGUGAGCGAGCCGCGACUGUUCUUCCUGGACUCCAGUCGGCGCAGCCUCAAGGAGCGCGUCCGCCUCGAGAAGGAGAUCGACGACUGCAGGACUCACCGCGUCUACGUCACGUCCUCUCUGACGGACAAGCUGACCCCGAUGUCAGCCGAGGUCAGCUUCACCCUCGUGGAGGAGGCGAGCCGACGGAGACGAUAUCGCCGCUCCCUCGCGCCCAUCCUGAACCAGCGCCAGAAGCUCACGCUCUCCGACUCGCUCACCAUCCAGAAGAACUGCGGCCGCGACAACGUGUGCUACCCGGACCUCAUCCUCAGCGUCGAUGCGCCCGACACCUUCGUGUUCGGCAAGAAGGAGCAGCUGGAGGUGGACGUGCGCGUGGUGAACGACGGCGAGGACGCGUUCGAGGCGCGGGUGUUCGUGCCCAUCCCCCGCGGGCUGCUCUACAACAAGUUCGUGGCCAAGGACAACACCACCGUCGUCUGCUCCCCCAGGACCCUGGACUCCGGCAUGAUCCUCGUGUGCGAGAUCGGCAACCCUCUGCCGAUGCACAAGGGCGUCCACUUCAUAGUGCUAUUCCAGCAGUCGGGGCUGAUGGAGGAGCCGCGCUUCGAGUUCCUGGUGACCACGAACAGCACCAACAUCGAGAAUUCUCACACGAAAGACGACAACGUGGUCCUCAAGACGAUCCAGGUGGAGGUCGACACGAAUCUCAUCCUUUACGGGACGUCGGACCCCGAGAGAAUCGACUACAACCGAAGCCUCUACCUGUCCAAGUCCAAGCAGCAUGAGGAGCACCUGGGGCCUCAGAUCACACACAAGUACGGCUUCUCCAACACGGGCCCCUCCGACAUCUCGGAGACCGAGCUCGUUAUCCUUUGGCCCACCAGGACUCUCGGCGGGAACUACCUCCUGUAUCUGCUCGAACAGCCCUACGUCACAGGACCCGUUCAGUGCUCGCACGUGCCCGACGUCAACCCUCUUGGUCUCACGCUGAUCGACAGGGAAGUGAAUCUAGAAUUGCUCAAGUUGCAAAGCCAGGAGGAGAGCGAGCACGAGGCGGAGGAACAGAGCUACUCGGAGUCCUCGGCGACCGGCGAGGCUUCGGCAGGAGGCGCGUCGGCGAGUGGCGGGUCGUCCUACUCCACCUCGCAGACGACUUACUACUCCAGCAGCAGCGGUGAUGGAAGUGGCAGCGGCAGCAGCAGUUCGUCUUCAUCGUCGUCCUCGAGUUAUUCCACAUCUUCCUCCACCCGCACGAGGACCAGUUACAGCUCGUCCUCCUCUUCGUACGGCCACUCCUCCUCCUCCUCCUCCUCCUCUGACGACGACGACGAACUCAUCCGACGCACCCGCCAAGCGGAACCCGCCCUCGACUGGGACAAAGAGAUCAAUACCUGCGGUCCCACCGAAUGCACCAAGAUCCACUGCACCGUCGGGCCGCUGGUGGACGGUGACAUCCACUACAUCUACGUGCGCUCCAGGCUUGUGUUGGACACCCUCAUCGAGUACCCGUACGACGACGUGAGCAUCACCAGUCGCAUGCUGGCCAGAGUGAAGGCCCUGCCGCAUGGCGUCAUGCCGGAGGUUCUCCCGAUACGCGACCUGGACGUCACGACGCACGUGUCGCCUGCGAAGUCCCUGGACGAAGCCCCGCCCAUCCCCUGGUGGGUCAUCGUCCUGGCCACGAUGGCGGGCGUCCUCAUCCUCCUUAUCAUCAUCCUCAUCCUGUGGAAGUGCGGGUACUUCAAGCGCCACCGGCCGGAGCAUCGCGCCCGCAUCGCCGACGACGCCCAGCCGUUAAACCCUCCUAACGGUCAUAACGGCCAUCCGUACAACCCCUACAGCCGUCCAUUCUACCCUGGGGACGAAGCGUUAUGAUCGGGCUCGUGUGGCGCCCUAGACAAGUGAAGAAAUCUAAUCAUGGAGAGAGCGAGGAAGAAUGCGAGAAUGAGGCUGUUUUUUUAUCUGAUGUUGAUGUUAUUGUCAUUAUCGCUUUUGAUUAUUACUGUUGAUGGUCUUGUUUUUCUGACUAGUUUUUCAUUUUCAUGAUAAUAAUUAUUGUUAUUAUUAUUAUUAUUAUUAUUAUUAUUAUUAUUAUUAUUACUAUUACUACUAGUAUUAGUGAUAUUAUUAUUAUUAUCAUUAUUAUCAUUAGUGUUAUUAUUAUCAUCAUUGUUAUUCUUAUCAUUGUUAUUAUAAUCAUUAUUGUUAUGAUCAUUAUUAAUCAGUACUACCUUUUAAGGAGGUAAAUAUAUUCCUGAAACACAUGGAGAUAUAUCACGGUCACAUGCAGUGUCAGGUGGUAUGGAAGGCAACUGCUUGAGUGAUUCUUGAAAUCGUAUAUGCUUCCUAUCUGAAACAACUGCAGCCAUGGCGUGGACUUGAAGGUUACUACAAAAAAAGGAAAUUCAGGAGAAAAAGAAGAAGAAAUACCUUAGUGUUACACGAUUAUAUGGACGAAAAAGAAUUGCAUGGUUGAAAUACAUAAGGAAUCCAAAUGUUGGAUAUCCUGCCUUCCUUUGAUGUGAGAGACUAUUGUGAAUGCAUCUGAGAGACUCUUAUUGUUUUCGUCUAACUAGCUGUUCGAGUGUAUAUAAUGAGUAAUGCUUUGGGUACGUAUAAAACUUUAGAGGAUUCAAAGGCAGGCAAGUGUCUGAAUCUGUACUCACAUUCAAAACGGUUUAGGGAUACUAUUAAAAGGAGUUUAGAUCUCAUACUUUUUUUUUGGUUUUUGAUAGGUGCCAUACAUACUUAAGCAUGACAAGGUUUAGAGUUAUUUAGAAGGUGUCUGUUGUCGAACGAUGACCGUAAGAAUUUCUUCUGAGAGAAAGUCGCAUUUCAUAAAAGUUCGAUAAGAAAUAUUAGAAUUGUAUGCGGUUGUAAAAGGAAUACCAUUUAGGAUGUAUAAAAUGAUACUCAUAAAAUAAUAUCUAGAAGGGGAAAAAAUACUCUUCAUAUAGUUUAUAUUAAUACCUUUGUCUUUUACUUUGUUUCGCUCUGUGUGAUUACUAUUAAACCACUAAUCAGAAGAGCAUAAAACCUGAUUUAUUGGUAGGGGUUUCGAUUUUUUAUAUAUGAAGGUUCAUGACAUUUAAAAUCAACAAUCAAUUAAUACCAAAGCAAGAUUAUGAUGUUCAAAAUAUGUUAUUUCUUCUUUUUAUCUUUAUGUAUUGUUAUUUUUAUGUAUGAGCGCAGAAGAGACUUCAUCAUAGAAUUCAGUGUUGUCAGAAUGUGUAAAAUCAAUGUUUUUUAAAGUCACAAAUAAGUGAUAUUACAAUCCAAUUAAAAUUCCAGUGACUAUUUCUCUUUGACUAGAUCUCUCAUAAUUUUAUUCGUUAAAUUCAAAUGACGUGUCUUCUUUGUAUUGGCAGAGAUAAUUCUGCGUUUUUUCACAGGCUUUUGAAGUGUCGAGCCAUUUUUUAUUCUGUGUAUAAAGAACUCGUUUAUCACUCCAAGACACGAAACAUUUUUAUAUGGUGUGUACUGUACGUCACAGGUCACUGAUAAGCUUUAUCUGGGAAUACCUGACAAUGAGUAAGCGAUUUCCGGUUACUUUCUUAGGCCUAACUUGUGCACCUCUCACCUGUGCGGCAGGCAGGGCGGAAACUGCUCGAAGUGGGAUUGUUUCGCAAGCUCUCGCGGCACCGACAAAGUUCCACCGAUCGUAUUCCUCUGGCUAUUCCAUGGAGUCUGUAGCAUUCCACGAUACUUCGUUCAGCUAUAUUUUAGACUCCACUAUUUUGCGUUGUUACACAGCUGUGGGUAUAGGAAAUACAGCAAGGUAAUCAUAAUCAUUACGUAUAGAAAAGGAUGGGAUGAAUUUAACUGUGUAUCGACUUUUGAAAAAAGAAAAGCUCGGGCAUUUUGGAAUUUUUCGACUUGAAAUUUAGAAAAAAAAUAAUGGAAACUCAACGCAACGGUGAAGUUCCAUAGUGAUUAACGAACACCUGUAUGCCACUGUCUCAAUGCAGGUGUUUGUCAAUGACUUCCUCUUCGCUAACUCCCGCAGACGGCGACAGGUGCACAGAUGGUAGGCAGGUGGUGCUAACAUCUUUAUAAUCUCGUGAAUCUCUUUGUUAUUUACUAACGUUGUUAAUUAUGUUUUACGCGUGUAAGCUGUUAUGUUGAAUCAUGCCAAUAUUUUUCAGUAAUGUAUCCCUCACCCCUUAAGAAUGACAAUUUCAAUAACUGGAGUGACUUGGCACAGCGAGGGCGUCCCCCAGACUGGUGUCAGGCUCGUGUGUAUAUAAUAUAUACUUACGCUUUUUAGUUGUGCUAUGGCUGGUGGUCCUUGUUUGUGUGUAUAUAAGUGUAUAUUUGUAAAAUGUUUUAUGUAAUUUAUUUAUGUUAACAAUAAAAUGCUGACAGUC